AUGGCAUAUAAUUUGAAUGCUACCAACUGGCGAGGUAUUGCACGAUCGUCCGGAUCGGCAUACGCUCCUUCAGAAUAUACAGCCUCGGAAAUUGACCCCAAAGAGGAAGAGGAUUGGGAUGACUGGGAGCGUGAAAGCGCUUACGAUGCCGAUCCCAAGUGUCUAUUUUGCUCGGACGUAUUCGAUUUACCGGAAGACGCUUUUCACCAUUGCAAGGAGGCUCACGGGUUUGACUUUUUGGCAGUCAAGCGCUCCUUAGGUCUCGACUUUUACAAAUGCAUUCGCAUGAUCAACUAUAUCCGAAAACAAGUGCUUUUGAAGCCAGAUCUCGCCAACACAAAGGAAUUCACUCUGACAGGAACAGAGGAUUUCUGGGAAGACGAUGAAUUAUUACAACCAGUUCUCGAAGACGAUGCACUUCUUUUCGCCUUUGAGGAAUUGGAAGUAGCUGAUGAUGAUCAACUUCAAAAAGAGGAAGAGCGCCAUCGAUCUGCCAACAAAAUCGAUUUUUCAUCAAUCAAACCAAAUACCGAAUUGGAGAGCCAGUUACUUCAAAUGCUCAAGAACAGCAGCGAAAAUAGCAAGCAAUUGCAACAGCAGUUUGAAGAAUACAAGAACAUGGUCAAAUCCACAUUUUUGAGCAACAUUAUCGAUGAUACACGCAGCGUGCGCACUGAUGGAGUACCAAAAAUUAAAGAGGAUCCUGUCAAUUAUUAUUUUGAAGGCUAUGCUCAAAAUGAUAUCCACGAGCAAAUGUUAAAAGAUAAAGCACGCACAGAAGCCUACAGAGAUUUUAUGUACGAAAACAAGGAUGUAUUUAAGGAUAAGACUGUUUUGGACGUAGGAUGCGGCACUGGCAUUUUAUCUAUGUUUGCUGCAAAAGCAGGCGCUAAGAAAGUUUUCGCUGUGGACAACUCCAACAUUGUUGAAAAGGCACGAGCCAAUAUAAAAGAGAACGGACUGGAUCGAACAAUCACUGUUAUUCGUGGUAAGGUUGAAGAGAUCCCGUUGCCGGUAUCGCAGGUCGAUAUUAUCGUCUCAGAGUGGAUGGGAUACUUUUUGCUUUUCGAGGCCAUGUUGGAUUCCGUCCUUGUCGCACGUAACAGAUGGCUUGCACCCAACGGCAUUAUGGCACCAAGUCAGACACGUAUCUUGAUGGCUGCGCUAGACGACGAAGAUUUGAAAAACGACCGAUUUAACUUUUGGGACGAUGUAUACGGAUUCAAAAUGUCGGCUAUGAAGGAGCCUGUGUUGAAUGAGGCUCUGGUAGAAUUUAUCAAACCUCAUACGGUCAUUUCCAGUACAGCUACACUCAAGGAUCUGUACCUGCAGCAAAUUGUCGUUAAGCAGCUGGAUUUUUCGAGCAAAUUUGAGAUUGAAGUUUUGCGGGACGGCACUGUGUAUGCUUUUGGCGGUUGGUUUGAUACUUGGUUUACGCGAGAUGGCCAUCCCAUCCCUCUAGCACAGCAAGCACAAAAGGUGCAAGGCGAAACAUACUUGACGACAAGUCCGUUUGGCGAGGAUACCCACUGGAAACAGACAAUUUUUGUCCUUCAAAAACCUAUUCCAGUCCAGCGUGGCACGAAAAUUCAUGGCGUUUUUACGUGCCACAAGGGCUUGGAUAAUCCUCGCGAGCUUGAAUGUGGCAUCCAGUAUUCAGUGGACGACUCGACUGAUGUUUGCGUCCAAAACUUUACACUUCGUUCAUAA